UAUUGUUGAGUUUAUUUACAGGUUACGUUAUUUAGACACCGCAUUAUAUUUGUGCUACAAUAUGAAUGAUCCUGGAGAUAAAAAGAAACGAAAGCAAUUCACGCUUAAGGAAAAAGUGGAUAUACUCAGAGAACUAGACAAGGGGAAAAAAGCAAGUCGCAGUUGCGAAUACAUAUGGCAUUGCGGCUCUCCUGUAGCUAUUUUUUUAUAUAUAUUUUUUUCUCUUUGUAAAGAUAUGUAUGCAUGUUUCAGUACUAAGUACAAAAACUUGAGGUACCUGUAAGUACUUAGCACUGGGAUUCUACUGUAAUGUCUUUAUAUGAUUUGCUUGUUAUUACUAAUAAUGUAAUAACAUAUGCAAAUCAUAUAAAGACAUUAAUUAGAAAAAAGAUUUCCAUUAAGAUUAAUUUACGUGGUGAUGAAAAAAACUCACGUUAAUGAAAAUACGGUAAAAUCAUAAUUUGAACAAACAUGGCAGAUAAAGUAAACAAAAUUCAACCGUGAUUACAGUAGGCCUAGGUAUCAAAACAAAAUCAUGCAAUAUUUGAAAAAUUACCUGAUUCAUUUGCUUUCAAACAGUAGUGUAGGUACUAUAUUCGUAAAACAUACAUUCCAGAACUGUUAGUACACUAUUUAGUAUUUACCGUAUACACAUAAACAAAGAACGUACCUACUUUUAUUCGCGCACAGCCAAACAAAAACAUUGUCGUCUGCUUUAUUUAAAAUUUACAUACUCUGACUGGCAUAUAAAAUCCUCAUAAUAUACAGCCAAUUAGACAAAAAGGUCAACAAGUCACUUGGCAGCAACCAUUUGUUAUGUUUUGUUUUGACCAUGUCCCUUGCCUGGUUUACAGCUUCCUGAGCUAGCCAUGUGUGACAGUGUUGCAAGAUGACGGCCGUUCCGCAGUAGUCACGUGUUUUUUCAUCAGUACCAUGCACGUGAUAAAUAUAUUAUCAUAGACUGCGACAUUACGACUGUAAAGGAAAUAGUCUGUGCGCUGAAAGAUCUGGAUUGAUUCUUGAAAUUUACGAGUGACAUGGGGCUGUGUUGUGUGGUCUAGGGCGGAUGUUGACUAUAUUAAAUAGUAAUAUUUAUAUAUACAUCAAAAGUUACAAAAAUGAUUUAUGUAAUAGAAUUUAUUACUGAAGAGCAAAUUUUGGGGCACUUUUUUUCUUUGUUAAUUAAAAAAUUUCGCUUAACUUUCGUUAAGAAUAUAUUUAUCUCAUAGAAAAAUUCAUUUUCGUUUCACUUUCGCGAAACUUGAUAAAUUUUCUUUCACUUUCAUUUUGUGUGGAUAAAGUCACUUUCGCACAUCCCUACUUAUUACUUAUUAAUUUAUUGCAUACAUUCAUUUUAACAUAAAUAACUCUGAAUCUCUUUCUUCUCUGUCAAUUUCUAUGCGUGUUUCAUACUUGAAUUUUUAGGUCUAUCCAUGACAUUUCCCUUUUGAUAAAAAAAAAGCCUUAAAUCAACCAAAACAUAAUUUUUGGUUUGGUACUUACUUUUGAAGUUUUUCAAAAGCCUAAAUACAGUAAACUCCCGGUAUAUCGUGCCCCGAUUGAUCGCGGAAUCGGGUAUAUCGCGGGUCAAACCAUGUCCCCCAGUCAGAAAUGAAUAAUAAUGGAAUAAAUGGUUGAUAGCCGAUUAGGAUAAUUUUGCAUUGUAACUAACAAACUAAGCAUCGGGCAGAAAAAAGCCUAGGCGUAGAAAAUGUCCGCAGUGAAAUUCUAAACAAGAUAUCUCCGUACAUUAUUCCUCUAUCUUGUAGUGUUUUCAAAUUAUGGUCCAAUCCAGCCCAGUGAUAUUUUCUGAAAGACUAGUUCUUAACGUCGCUUUAUCUCACAAAUGAAGCAGGGGAUCUGAUAAAGCCCACCGUCCAGCAACAUUAUCCAGCGUGACUAGGCUGGGGAUUGAUGUUGGAUAGGCUUGGUUGUCGGCAAGCACUGGGUAGGGAGAGGCGAGCCGAGAAUAUUAUGGAGAGAGGUAGAGAUUAGAGCGGGCAGAAACAUGCCGAGGGGGAGUGGGGGAGGGAAUGUGUUCACGCAGCACACAGGCAGAGCAUGAGUCACUUGACUGAGCAGCGUCCCUGCGUACAAGGCAAAAUCAGGUAGUCCGGUGUUUAAAAUUCCACUCCAGAAUCAUAAUUGGUACAUCCAGGGCCGGAUUUAAGAUGUGGGUGGCCCGGGGCCCACUUGAGUGGGAGGCUCAUUGAUUCAAGGUGUUUCAAUAUGUAAAGCAAAAUCACAAAAUGAAACGAACACAAGUUUAUUUACCAAAUUUAUUCACGCAAAUAAUUCAGUUAGAAUUAUUUGAUUUUUUUCAUUUAAAAGUAUAGUAUAACAUAACUUAUAAAUAACACAUAAAUAUAUUAGGUACAAAUCAGCAAAUGAAUAGCAUUAUAAAACCAUUACAAUCCAGGCACUUUCCAUGAUUUUCGUGCUGCAAAAUUGCUUAUGAUGUCACCAAAGUCCAAUUCACGCAGUAUAUCAGACUCGAUGCUCAUGAUAGCCAAAUUUGCAAGUCGUUCCUGCUUCAUGGAUGUCCUUAAUCGGUUUUCAAUUAAUUUUAGUUUUGAGAAGGAGCGCUCGCCACUGCAGUUUGUUACCAUCAAAAUUAGAUAUAUCCUUAAAGCUAUCUAAAUGUUUGGUAAAGUGUCCUGUACACCCUUUUUCAUGAUAAGCUUGUACAUGAAAAGUUCAGUGCUGAUAUCGUUUGGCUCUUUGUCAGUGAAUAUAUUGGCAAAUGUUACAAACUGACACAGUUUAUCAAUAAAUGUAAUGUCCAAGUCAUCUGAAUAAGACCUGACGAGCUGCUCUGCUGCGGCCUUCAGCUCAUCUGAAGACAUAUCUUUCAUAUGGCUAAAAAGGCUCAAUUGGCUUGCUAUAUAUUUAUAUACCUGAAGACAUUGGUCAAGAGAAGUGAUAAACUGAUCAAUAACAGGCAAGAAAGUUUCUGUUCUGUAUUUUUCAGAAGGGCUGAUUUGUACUUCUUCCAUAUGGCCAUAAUCCAAUGGGUUAAGACGCACAUUUUGGCGCUUAUGUCGAGUUUUCAUCUGAACAUACUCUGUUGAACCAGAUAGCGCUACGCCUUGCUUCUAAUAAAUUUCGAAGGAGUCACGCUUUGAAGCGACAUAGUUUUUCAAGCUGGCCAGUGAUGCCACAGCUGUAUUUAGAUAGAGUUUUGCUUGUUGUAGAUUUUUACUAGUAGCAUCUGUUCUUUGCAGGAUAUCAUUCCAGUAGGUGGUGUAAAUACCAAUUUCAAGCUGAUUCAUCUGUGUUAACUGUCCUUCUGCUUCACACCGUACACAGCCUUUUUCUUCUAAGUAAUCCGCAAUCUGUUUAAGUACAUUCUUAAUCUGCUGAUAGUCAAGCUUAAGUGCCUUAGUUGCAUCAGCUCUGCAGGACCAACGUAUUGUUGUGACAUGUUUGAGCGUCAAUGCUGAGUCAUUAUUUUUCAAAGCCUCAGCCAGAAGCUGAUGCCGAUGCGUUGAAACUGUGAAGAAGACGAACAGCUUUUCAAGGAAGUAGAACAUUUUUAUAGCACUCGAGCAGCUUUCUACAGCAUUUUUAGCAACUAGAUUUAGAGAAUGUGCCAUACAAGGAAUCCAGGAUGCAAGAUUGUUCUUUUCUCUCACUUUGGCUUGUAAACCAUUGUACUUUCCACUCAUUGCAGAGGCAUUGUCAUAACUUUGACAGCGGCAGUUUCCCAGGUCUAGGUCAUGUCUCUUCAAAAAUUGCACUAAGCCAUUGAACAUGUCUUGAGCACCAUGGCCUUUGUUUGCCAUGAAUGUUACAAAGCAUUCCACGGGGCCAUCUUUCUUCAUAUACCUCAAUACAAGGGUUAGUUGGUCAAUGUGGGCUGCAUCAGGUGUGGAGUCCAAAGAGAUGAAGUAAUAUUUUGAUUUCUUAACUCUGGAAAUAAUUUCUCGGAGGACAUGUUCACCCAUUACACUGAUAAGUUCUUCCAUUAUUGUAGAUGACAGGUAGUUUGUGUGACCCUUGCCGCGAUUGGCUUGAGUUUCUAUAUGCUGUGCAAGAAAGUCGUCGUACUGGGCGAUGAGUUCAAGAAUACCCAGAAAGUUUCCAUUUCUAGGUGAUCCCACCAACUCGUUAUCUCCUCUAAAUGCUAAGCCACGCUCGGCAAUGAACUGAAUAACAUUUACUACUCGUUUCAACACUGAUCUCCAAUAAUGCUCUAGACAUUCGACCUGUUGGGUCAGCUCCGUAUCAAUACGCCCAAUUGCUUUUAACCUCAAAUUGAAAGCAAUAUUAGCCUUCACAUGUUCCGUUGACCGCUCAUGACUUUGUAUACGUUCUUGUGAAUGUUUCCAAUCACAGAAUCCAUUAGACGAAACCUGAGAAGACUCAGGUGCUGUAAGUGUAGUUAAGCACAUCAAUCUGCACGUGAAGCAGUAAACACGUCCAUUAGAAGGAGCGAAGCAUAACCAAUUCUUCGUUAUGACUUCUCCAUUAUGAUUUUGACGACGAAAAAGCCCAAGUGUGCAUAUUCUUGGAAUAUUGCGGUCCUUUCUAGGUUGCUGAACCGAGUGUGCAAUGAACAAACUUUCAUCACAGUGCUGGAUUGUUGACACACCCUUUUCAUCCAGUAAUCCCGCAUCUACUACGAAAUCAUGGAUGGUAAAAGUCCAAUGUCAUUGCCCCCUGGUGGGCCCUCAGAUUCUACAUAGGAUGUGCCACUAUCAGCCUCCUUUUCUAUAUGUUCUUCAGUUGGACCAGUUACUACUUCUGCCUUUUCUUCGCCGAGAUCUACAACCAUUUCCACUGAAGCGUUGUCAGGUUGAUCACGUUAUGGAAAAUCAUCACUCCUUUCCGACAGAUGUCUUGAUUGAACAGUGAAGAACUGGUCCAAUUUUCUUAUCUUUGCCACCUCUUCUGCUGAUUUCAUUGUUACUUCUUUUGCCUUACGUCUUUUAGAAGCACCAGACUCCCAAAUUAUUGUGCAAUGUCUGUGUCUAUCUACUUCAUGAUUGUCCAUGCUGGUAAUCUGAAAAUAACAAAAUAAAUAAAUAAUGUAAAGUACACUAAUACUUGCAUAAUUUAAAUAUGUUUAAACUGUUAAAUUACAUAAUUAGAUAAUAUUUUGAAUAAAAUAAACAUUAAUAAAAAUUCUAGCAAGUAAUUACGUAACUAAGUACUCCGAUUUUUAUUUAUUAUCAGACAAAACAUAACAUUUAUCCAUCUUCCAAUCAAAUAAUACAUUUUUAACUGUUUAAAUAUAUUUAAUGUAUGUAAAUAAGAGUUUAAUUUUGCGAGAAAUAAAAAAUUAAAAUCUAACCAGAAAGGGAUCUAGCAGGUUUCGAACCCGAGCUCAUAAGUUGCCAGCUCAUGAUUGUAUCCAUUACACUACACCAGAGACUUCUAAAUAUAUAAAAAAAUGUGAUAUAUAAUUUCUUUAGUAAAUUAAAACUUUAACUGACAAUUGCAGCAAAGUUACAAGUUAUUGCUAUGCAUUAAACCCUAAAAAUCUUCCAAAUAAAUAAAAAACUAAAAAUUUUACCCAAUGUUUAAAACGAAACAGAGUUUUAAAAAAUAUAUCCACUUUUACAUGGUGGGUUCAACUACUAGUAGUGUCGUUAGUUCGCAGGCCACCGCAAGCUUCAAUAAGCCUAUUUAGAAUGAAGGUAUGGUGGUGAUGACGAUGACGGCGGUGGACUACGACGACCCCAGCGAGGGCACCAACGCCCGCCUCAUAUACUCCAUCGAGAAGAACGUGAUAGAAGAGGAAACGGGCUCGCCCAUCUUCGAGAUCGAGUCGGAGACGGGAGUCAUCAAGACGGCCGUGUGCUGCCUGGACCGCGAGAGGACCCCAGACUACUCCAUACAGGUCGUUGCGAUGGACGGAGGGGGCCUCAAAGGAACUGGCACGGCAUCGAUACGAGUGAAGGAUAUCAACGACAUGCCGCCACAGUUCACGAAGGACGAGUGGUUCACCGAGGUGGACGAGACGGAUGGCACCAAUCUCCCCGAGACGCCUAUCCUCACCGUCACCGUGCACGACGAAGACGAAACAAACAAGUUCCAGUACAAGGUUAUUGAGAACAGCGGUUACGGCGCCGACAAGUUCACGAUGGUGAGGAACAAUGAUGGUACUGGCUCCCUGAAGAUAGUGCAAGCCUUGGACUACGAGGAUCAGCUGCAGAGCAAUGGCUUCCGCUUCAGGAUACAAGUCAACGACAAGGGGGAGGACAACGACAACGACAAGUACCACGUGGCGUACUCGUGGGUGGUCGUAAAGCUGAGGGACAUCAACGACAACAAGCCGCAGUUCGAGCGGCCCAACAUCGAGGUGUCGGUGUACGAGAACGCCGAGGUGGGGAAGAGCCUGGAGACGUUCAAGGCCACGGACCCUGACCAAGGCGGGAAGAGCAAGGUCAAGUACGCCAUCGACCGCAGCUCGGACAGGAAGCGGCAGUUCUCGAUCAGCCAGGAGGGUACUGUGUCCAUCCAGAGGAACCUGGACCGCGAGGAGACACCCAGGCAUCAGGUGAAAGUGCUGGCGAUAGACGAUGGGGUGCCGCCAAAGACGGCGACUGCCACGCUCACCGUGAUAGUCCAAGACAUCAACGACAACGCGCCGACGUUCCUCAAGGACUACCGACCCGUGCUGCCGGAGCACGUGCCUCCCCGCAAGGUCGUGGAGGUGUUGGCGACCGACGACGACGACCGGUCCAAGAGCAACGGUCCUCCUUUCACCUUCCGCAUGGAUCCCAACGCCGACGACAUCAUCCGAGCGUCGUUCAAAGUCGAACAUGAUCAAAAGGGAGCAAACGGUGACGGGAUGGCCGUUGUGUCGUCGCUGCGGUCCUUCGACAGGGAGCAGCAGAAGGAGUACCUGAUCCCCAUCGUCAUCAAGGACUCGGGCAACCCGGCCAUGUCGGGAACCAGCACCCUCACGGUGGUCAUCGGGGACGUCAACGACAACAAGAUGCAGCCGGGAUCCAAAGACAUCUUUGUCUACAACUACAUGGGCCAGGCACCAGACACAGAGAUAGGGAGGGUGUACGUCUACGACCUGGACGAUUGGGACUUGCCUGACAAGAAGUUCUACUGGGAAGGCGCUGAGCAUCCGAGAUUCAAGCUGAACGAGGACUCUGGGAUGAUCAUAAUGAGGCACGGGACCCGAGACGGCAGGUAUAACUUGCGCUUCAAAGUAUAUGAUCGCAAGCACACACAGACUGACGUGCCAGCAAAUGUCACAGUGACCGUUAGAGAAAUUCCUCACGAAGCUGUCAUAAACUCUGGUUCGGUGCGCAUCUCUGGGUUGACGGACGAGGAUUUCAUAAGAGUUUGGAACUACAGGUCCCAAAGCCUUCAGCGGAGUAAAGCGGACCGUUUCCGGGACAAGUUGGCGGACCUACUGAACACGGACAGAGAGAACGUGGACGUGUUCAGCGUGCAGCUGCGUCACAAGCACCCCCCAGUGACGGACAUACGGUUCGCAGCUCACGGCUCGCCGUACUACAAGCCGGUCAAGCUGAACGGGAAAGUCCUCAUGCACCGGGAAGAGAUUGAAAAGGAUGUUGGCAUCAACAUAACGAUGGUGGGUAUCGACGAGUGCCUUUAUGAGAACCAGAUGUGUGAGGGCAGUUGCACCAACACUCUGGAUAUCAGUAACCUGCCAUACAUGGUGAACGCCAACAAGACUGCCCUGGUGGGGGUGAGGGUGGACGUGAUAGCGGAGUGCACUUGCGGGGCACGCAACUUCUCCAAAAGCGAGACGUGUCGAUCCAGCCCGUGCUACAAUGGCGGCCGCUGCCACGAGGGAAGAUACGGUCUAAGUUGCUCGUGUCCGAACGGCUACAACGGGCCGCGCUGUCAGCAGACGGCGCGCAGCUUCAAGGGUAAUGGCUGGGCCUGGUACCCUCCGCUCGAGAUGUGUGACAACUCCCACCUCAGCCUGGAGUUCAUCACCAGGAAGGCAGACGGCAUGCUGCUGUACAAUGGACCGAUAGUGCCGCCAGAGACGGAUGAAGUGCUGGUCUCAGAUUUCAUCUCACUGGAGCUAGAGAGGGGGAUGCCGAGGCUACUGAUUGACUUUGGUUCUGGCACUCUGGAACUGCGGGUGAAGACAAAAAAGAGCUUGGACGAUGGCGAAUGGCAUCGUAUCGACAUAUUCUGGGAUACUGAGAACGUUCGGCUCGUCGUCGACUUCUGCAAGUCGGCGGACGUGGCUGAGCUGGAGGACGGCUCCCCGCCCGAGUUCGACGACUCGAGCUGCCAGGCGCGCGGCGCCGUGCCGCCCUUCAACGAGUACCUCAACGUGAACGCCCCGCUGCAGGUGGGCGGCCUGUACGUCGAGCAGUUCGACCCCACGCACUACCGCUGGCAGUUCAUGCCCGUUGGCAAGGGCUUCGACGGCUGCGUCAAGAACCUCAUCCACAACAGCAAGCUGUACGACCUGGCGCACCCGGGCAUGACGCGCAACAGCGUGCCCAGCUGCCCGCAGGCGGAGGACCUGUGCAACAGCCACGAGGCGACGCUGCGCUGCUGGGACCACGGCACCUGCGUGGGCACCUUCGCGGAGCCCCGCUGCCGCUGCGAGCCGGGCUGGACGGGGCCCGGCUGCCAGACGCGCACGGUGCCCACCACCUUCCGCCCCCAGAGCUACGUCAAGUACGCGCUGUCCUUCGAGCCCGACCGCUUCUCCACGCGCGUGCAGCUGCGCUUCCGCACGCGCGAGGAGCACGGCGAGCUGUUCCGCGUCAGCGACCAGCACAACCGCGAGUACGGCAUCCUGGAGAUCAAAGACAGUCGCCUUCACUUCCGUUAUAACCUGAACAGUUUGAGGACAGAAGAAAAGGACAUCUGGCUUAGUGCCAUAACAGUCCAUGACGGUCAAUGGCACACAGCAAAGGUGUCGCGGUACGGUUCCGCCGCCAUGCUGGAGCUCGACGGGGGAGAGGGCCGCAGAUACAACGAAACCUUCAUGUUCGAAGGUCAUCAGUGGCUGCUUGUGGACAAGCAGGAAGGGGUGUACGCCGGCGGUAAAGCCGAGUACACGGGAGUUCGCACCUUCGAAGUGUACGCUGACUACCAGAAAGGGUGCCUGGACGACAUCAGACUGGAGGGCAAGCACCUGCCCCUGCCGCCGGCGAUGAACGGCACCCAGUGGGGACAGGCCACGAUGGCCAGGAACCUCGAGAGGAACUGCCCGUCCAACAAGCCCUGCGCGAACGUCAUCUGCCCCGACCCAUUUGAGUGCGUGGAUCUGUGGAACGAGUACGAGUGCACCUGCCCCAUCGGGUUCCGCAUCCAGGGCGUGGGAUGCGUGAACGUAGACGAGUGUGAGUGGAACCCGCCAUGCGUGAACGGGGGACGCUGCGUCGACUAUGACGACGAGCGUCGCUACGCCUGCCUCUGCCCCACCGGCUUCACAGGCCUCCACUGCGAGCUGGAGCUGCUAGAGUCAGGGAUCAUUAAACCAUCAAAAGAUUUCAUCAUCGCCAUCAGUUUAUGUCCUAUUAUUUUACUUAUCUUGGUUCUGGUGUUUGUCGUGUACAACCGACGGCGUGAGGCUCACAUAAAGUACCCUGGCCCGGAUGAUGAUGUAAGAGAGAACAUCAUCAACUAUGACGAUGAAGGUGGUGGCGAGGAUGAUAUGACGGCCUUCGACAUCACUCCUCUGCAGAUACCAAUCGGAGGGCCUUUACCAGAGAUGCCUGCGAAAAUACCAUACCCACCACUAGGUCCAGAGCCCAAUGUGGGGAUAUUCAUAGAAGAACAUAAAAAACGAGCUGAUGCCGACCCAAACGCACCACCUUUCGAUGAUCUCCGGAACUACGCUUACGAAGGAGGCGGCAGCACCGCGGGGUCGUUAUCUUCUCUGGCUUCAGGUGAGAGAUUAAUACCGCUAAUGUGUUAUAGCGACAAACAACAGAGCAUUAGCUGUCUUACGUCGCGGAUGAAUAUGCCCUACACCAAAGGUGGCCAACCUUUACAUAAUGGUCAGUUACAAACAUUUAAAAAUCUUGUAAGCCAAUUGAGUUUAAUCCUUAACAUUAUAUUUUAUAUCAAUAUGUACAAAUUAUUGAAAUGUUCAAGAUUUUACAACAUUGAUAGAUAUCAAUCAUUUGGCAGUUGAGUAGUCAUUUCUUCUUAAACACAACAGCCACAUUUUAACCAACGCUACUCAGAAAUAAACUAAUGAAAACUUAUUCUUUAAAAAAUCAUGCUCUCUUUUCUAUAACUUAUUAAUUUUAUUACUUAAAGUAGGUUGUAGGCUUUUGCAGCCAUUUUCUGAUAACUAUCUUAGCUUUCAAGGUGAAGUUGCAUAAAGUGGUGGUGGGCACCGAUUUUUUGCUCCACAUUGAAGCAGGCAUCAUCAGGGUUGAGAAUCAACUCAGAGCUAGGAGGCAAUUUUUUUUUUUUUAGGUUAUACCUAUUACAUUAUAUAUGCUUGCUAGAGAUUUUCUACAAUUAGCCAAUCACAAGGGGCCUCUUCCUGUUGGCUCUAACACCAGCAAAUCAAAUAAGUGCUCUUCUGCCAUUAGUGUCUGUAUCUGCCAGAGUUAGAUGCUGUGUGGCCUUUCUCCUCUUUCUGGUAUUGUUUUUUCAUAUAAAGUGCCAAUGUGUUACUCAGCUAAUAGCCAGCCAUCUUCUCUAUUGAUGUUCGGGUGUUAAAACCCUUCUUUGGCUCCUCUGACUAUCCUGUUCUUAUAAUUCUCUGCGUUAGUUAUGGUUCCAAAUUGUUGAAAUCUACGCUGUGUUUAGUAAUGGAUGGCUAGUUAUAGCCAAUAUAUGGUUCUCUUGUUUGUAAUCCGUGAUGUGUUCUUUGAUUCUUGUAGUAAACUUUCUUCUGUCAUAAACCAGUCUAGAGGAACUUGGUACUUUGUACAUUCCAGAAAGUUGUUCGGGUGGAGUUUUUCUUUUACUGAGGUUAGACAUGUUUAUACUUUUCUGUAAGUUUUUUUGUGUUCUGCAUUGUACAUUUUGUGUUUUUGUGUUUCUUCAAACGUCGAGCUAGCUGGUUGGACUCCUUGCACAUAUGAGGACACAAUUAUGUUACUACAUAAAUCUGUCAGCAGUUUAUGUGGUGGAUAGUUUGUUUAUUGCUUGCUGUAUAUUCUACUUAUUUUUGACUCUUGCAGAUUUAUGUAAGACUGUUGAUUACUGUGGGUAUGAUUGUUUUUUUCUGUGUAGGAAAGUGGUGAAAGGUGUAGGUUUACAAUACACACUGUGGUCUAGCUUUCCAGUAGAUAUUUUGGAGACCAGCACAUCGAGAAAAUGUAGUUUUUCUUUUAUUUUCAUCUCAAUUCUAUGGUGAACUUGAUGUUGGGAUGUAAAUUGUUAAGAUGCUCUAAGAAGUUACAAAUCAAAAGAAACUAAAACAAA